AAAGCGACCGAGGCGCCGCGGACUGCCGCUCGGCGAUGAGGAUGUGCGUAGCUCUGAUUUCUGCUUUCCUGGGCUGCUCGCUAGCGACCCUCUUCCUGCUGAAAUGGCGGAGGAGAAGGCAGGUCCAAGGCAAGAUAGGCAAGGCGAGGAGCCGGCGGCAGCGCGCGUUCGAGCAAAUGGGAAGAGCCGCUCAGCGCUUCCAAGAGCAGGUCAGGGGAAGCCGUUUUGGUGCCUUGCGGGUGACUGCAGAGUUCAACUGCAUAACCGAUUACAUAGCAGAGGAAUCCCAGCUUCUGCGUAUGAACAGCGAAGGGGAAAAGGGCUUGCUCUAUGGAGUUCCCGUCAGCAUAAAGGAUUCCAUUAGCUGCAAGGGCUCUGACAGUACUUUGGGCUUUGUGAAACGUCUCUUCCAGCCGGCAGCAGAAGACGCUGUUAUAGUGCAGGUGUUGAAACAUCAAGGAGCAAUUCCAUUUGUAAAAACAAAUGUUCCCCAAUCUCUGUUGAGUUAUGAGUGCAGUAAUCCGAUCUUUGGACCAACAGUGCAUCCUUUGGAUCACACUAAAAGCCCUGGUGGAUCAUCAGGAGGGGAAGGAUCUCUUAUUAAAAGUGGAGGAUCCAUUCUGGGCAUUGGCACAGAUAUAGGAGGCAGCAUUCGUGUCCCAAGUGCCUUUUGCGGAAUUUGUGGUUUAAAAACCACUAGCAGCAGAAUUAGCAAAAAAGGAAUUACUCCGAGUAUGCCUGGUCAGAGAGUAGUUUCUGCGGGCUUGGGACCAAUGGCGCGGGAUGUUGACAGCCUUGCCCUUUGCCUGAAAGCUCUCCUGUGCAAGAAAAUGUUCCAUCUGGAUCCCACAGUGCCACCUCUUCCUUUCAAUGACCAAGUUUAUACCAGCUCACGUCCCCUCAGAAUAGGGUAUCAUGUGACUAAUUUUUAUAGUAUGCCAAGCCCUUCCGUGAGACGGGCUGUGCUGGAAACCAAGGAGCUUCUGGAAAGAAAUGGCCAUGUGUUGGUCCCCUUUGAGCCAUAUCAGGUGGCCCAUUUUAUGAGCAACUUCGGUGCGUCAUUCUUUAGGGAUGGUGGUGCCACUUUCCUACAGUCUUUUGAAGGUGAACCCAUAGAUCCAAAUCUAAAGAGUACCCUGCUGAUACUAAAAUUACCUUAUUGGAUACGAAGAUUCCUAGCCUGGAUUAUCAGCCCAAUAGCUAUUCGUCGGUCAAUAGGUUUGAGCAACCUGUAUGAAAGGUCUGUAAAAGAACUCUGGAAAGACCACGUGGAAACUGAGGAAUACUGCAGAGAAUUCACUGAAGAAUGGAAACAACUGGAACUGGAUGUACUGCUUUGUCCUGCUAUAGGUCCUGCUUUUAAGAGUGGGUCUUCUGGAAGACUACCAGAGGUCAUUAGUUAUAACAUAUUAUAUAACUUGUUGGACUUCCCUGCUGGGGUGGUACCAGUUACAACAGUGACAAAGGAGGACGAAGAGGAGCUAAAGAAUUUCAAAGGACACUACAAUGAUUUGGGGGACAAACUCUUUGCAAAGGCAGUGAAAGAAUCUGUGGGGCUCCCUGUGGCUGUCCAGUGUGUGGCUCUGCCCUGGCAAGAAGAGCUCUGUCUCCGGCUCAUGAAAGAAGUGGAGAAGCUAACCGGGGAAAAAUCAAGGAAACAAUNAACAAUAAUUAUAGGGUUAAGCUUCACACACUUUUCAUUAAAAUGUUCAGUGCCAUUCUAA